UUAAUUCCUAUCUCUCCUCCCCUUUCUCUUGAUCAAAACGUCAAAGCGUAUCCAAAAUUAAGAAUCCCUUAGCAACCAACUUCAACAAGCAGAAGUUCUUCCCAAUUUCCCUCACCAAAUUUCUUAAACCUUUCUCAUGAUCUGUGCUUCGUUUUCUGAUUGAAUCGAAUCAUCUCAUCUGGAGUUCAACAUCGUUCUUGCUUGCUUGGAAGGUAUAUUCUACUUUCUUUUCUUGUUUUUUAUUUUUAUUUUUAUUUUUUUUUAUCUUACCAUCUUGUUUUUCACAUGGAACUAUUGUUUGAAUCUUUGGAAUUAGGAUCAUUAAUAGUUUCAAUCAAUUUGGUCUUUCUUGGUUUAUAUAAUCCAUGCUUUAUGGAGUUCAAGCUAAACUGAUCCUAAACCUAUUUUACUUCCCACAGAACGAGCUAGAUUAAUGGAGAACAGUAGUGGAAGAUUAGUGCAGCCCGGCACAAGUGCCAGCUCUACAAAGCUAGUGGGUCGAGCAUUUGAACAGGACAUGAAGGUGAUACGGUCUUGGUUAAUGGAUGAUGAAGUCUCAAUCAUUGGUAUUUACGGAAUGGGAGGAGUUGGUAAAACAACAAUGCUGCAGCAUAUCUGUAAUGAACUUCUAGAAAAACGAGAUAUUUCUCAUAGUGUUUACUGGGUGAAUGUGCCUCAAGGUUUCAAGAUUGAAGAAUUGCAAGAUCUUAUUGCUAAAUAUCUUAAUUUAGAUCUUUCAAGUAAAGACGAUGAUAUGUCUAGAGUUGUCAAGUUAGCAAAAGAACUAGCGAAGAAACAAAAAUGGAUUCUCAUUUUAGAUGAUUUGUGGAACUUUUUUGAGCCACAAAAAGUGGGGAUUCCUAUCCCAUUGAAAGAAUCCAAACUCAUUAUGACAACUCGAUCAGAAAUGAUUUGUCGGCAGAUGAAUAGCCAAAACAAUAUAAGAGUGGAUAUUCUUUCUGAUGAAGAAUCCUGGACUUUGUUCAUGGAAAAACCUGGACAUGACAAGCCACUUUCUCCAGAAAUAGAACGAAUUGCUGCAGAUGUUGCAAGGGAAUGUGCUGGUUUGCCCUUGGGAAUUGUUACAUUAGCAGAAAGUUUGAAGGGAGUGGAUGACCUACAUGAGUGGAGGAUUACAUUGAAGAGAUUGAAAGAAUCAAAUUUUUGGGACAUGGAAGAUCAGAUGUUCCAGAUAUUAAGAUUGAGUUAUGAUUGUUUAGAUAAUUCAGCACAACAAUGUUUCGUAUAUUGUGCAUUAUUUGAUGAACGCCAUAAGAUUGAAAGGUAGGUGUUGAUAGAGUCGUUUAUCGAGGAGGAGAUAAUUAUAGAGAUAAACAAUGGCAACUCAAUUCUUGAUAGACUAGAAAAUGUCUGCUUAUUGAAAAGAAUUGAUGGUAGUAGUGCUGUCAAGAUGCAUGAUUUGCUUCGGAACAUAGCCAUCCAAAUACUAGAUCAGUACUCUCUAGUCGACAAAUUUUACUUUUUAUCAUCCUCCUUUUAUUUUUUUCUG